GUUAAUAAUGAAAUGCAGGAAAUGACUCCUGAGCAGCCCCGAAAGUCAUCUCGGAAUACCCUUGGACCUAAACGCCUUCAAUACUCUCCUGAAGACACAAUUGAAAAACUCAAGAGCAAGAGAACCAAAAGGCAUGAUGAAAGGAAAAGAAAGGACCCAAAGGAGGAGGACUCAGAUGUUGAAAAUAGUGAUGUGGAGCGUACAUCUGCUGGACAUGGACGACUGUCGGCAUAUGAACUAGAGCGUCUGGAGAACAUCAAACAGAACCAAGCAUUCCUGUCUUCUAUCAAUUUACUCCAGGCAACUGAGGAGUUCAAACAGUCAACACGGCCAAAGCCAUCACAGAGGGGUCUUAUGAGGUCACAGGCUGGUGUAAGAGAAGUGCUGCCAUCUCGCAAAUCCCUACGUCUUCAAAAUAAAGAGGCAGAGGUCUUGACACUUCCCCCUGAACCAAGAGGGGUGCUGAUAGAUCAACAGUUUUCACGGCAAAAGAAAUCUCCUGGUCCUCUGCCAAUGGAUCCAGUAAACAUGGAUGAAGGAAGCAAGCUACCGUCACAGCUUCUUGAGCUCUGCUCUGAGGAUUCAACAGAGGAAAGAAAGGUGGAACUUAAUCUGAAAGAGCACUGCUCUGCUCUUACAAACAUGAGGAUAACUGAGGACAGAGUGGCCAAAGUGGUGAAAGACUGCAUCUUCUCUGCUGCCUUCCACCCCUGCACCACCAGCUUGCUAAUGGCUGCAGGCGAUAAGUGGGGGAAAGUCGGACUUUGGAAUUUGGGUGCAGAUUGGGGAGAUGAUGGUGUGUUACUCUUUGAGCCCCACACUCGUCCAGUAGGCUGCUUGGCGUUUUCCAGGGCUCAUCCCACACAUUUGCUGAGCCUCAGCUAUGACGGAUCUCUACGCUGCAUGGAUGUAGAGAAGAGUGUCUUUGAUGAUGUGUAUGACAUUGACGAUGGCCUGAAAACGUUUGACUUCAUGUCACAUGACUGUAUGACUCUAUUGGUUGGGAACUGGUAUGGAGAAGUUGCCAUCGUCGAUAGGCGCACCCCAGGAAACUCCCAUGAGUCCCUGCACUCAUUUGACCCCAAGACCCUGCGUUGUGUGAACGUCCACCCUUUACAAAAGCAGUACUUUGUUGUGGCAGAAAACAGGGUUGUGAGUAUUUAUGACAGCCGGUGCCUAAAGAAGACUAAAAGCCAGGCAGUCUCCCAGCUACAUGGCCACUCUUUAAGCAUAUCCAGUGCUUAUUUCUCUCCUUGUACAGGAAACAGAGUUCUCACUUCCUGCAUGGAUAACCACAUAAGGAUAUAUGACACAUCUGCAAUGACCACAAACGCUCCCUUGCUGACAUCCAUCAGACAUGACAUGCAAACUGGCCGCUGGCUGAGUAAACUGUCAGCAGUGUGGGACCCUAAACGGGAAGACUGCUUCAUGGUGGGAAGCAUGUCGAGGCCUCGGAAGGUGCAGGUGUUCCACGAAAGCGGCAAGCCCCAAUACUCCUUCACAGAUGAUGAGAACCUGAACACUGUGCUGUCUGUCACUGCUUUCCACCCCACUAGGAAUGCCUUACUCGGCGGCAAUGCGUCAGGACGCCUGCAUGUCUUCUCUGACUAAGAUGAAGACCAAAAGACUCCUGG